AUGGGAAAUAAAAUUAUUCAGAAUAAUAGCUCUUUGAUAAUCGGUUGGAAACUGCAAGGUCGUCAUAUUCUCAUUAUUGGUAAUAAUCAUAUUACAGCGAACAGGAUUGAAUUUGUUUUGGACGCGAAUCCUCGAAAGAUAACUUUAAUAACACCAGUUAAUGAGGUUUCUUCCGAUAAAAUCAAAAAAUAUAUUGCCGAACACGCUGUCACUCACAAAAAUAGCGAAUUUAAUGAGAAAUAUCUAGUGGAGGAACCCGUAGACCUCAUUCUCACUGCUGUUGAUGAUGUAAAGUUAUCACACGAAAUUGCUUCGAUCGCUCGUAAACUAAAAAUACCAAUUAACGUUGCCGAAAUAUCACAAUUAUGUGACUUUUUGUUUGUUCCAACUUAUCGGGAUGGACCACUUCAAGUAGCCAUAUCUACCAACGGAACCAGUUCACAAAUUUCCCGAAAACUUAGACAACAUAUUAUCGAAAGUUUACCAAAGAAUCUAACUUCUGCUAUUAAUAACGUUUCCCUUAUUAAGAAAGAGAUUGGUAAUAAUUCUAUUAUAAACAAGAUAACCAAUCCUUUACCUCUUCAAGAGUUAGCUGAUCUUACUAAUGAUGAUAUUAAAAGAUUGGUUUCAGAAUGUAAAAACCUUGGGGAUGAGUCAGAUGCAUCUUCAGAAUCUUCAACUACUUUAGGGGAUUCAACUCAAUUAAUGUCUAUCAAAUCAAAAAUUAUGGAUAACGAUAUUACAUUAGAAACUUUAACAAAAGGCGGAAUAAGAUUUAUGGAUGGUAAAACAGCUGUAUCGUAUGUAGCUUACGCUUUAAGUAAUACCAGUUUCAUUUAUCCAACUUUACGAUCCCAUUAUGUUGGGGAAGUCGUAUCACAUUGGUCUUCUCAAAAUGCGGAAAAUGCUUUCGGGAAAGUUUGUAAUGCAAUUCAAAUGAAUACUCGCUCAGGUGCUAUAUCUGCUAUUUUAGGAGCUGCCUCUUAUGUGAAUUCUGGUGAUGUCAUUUCGGUAUUUUCUUCAUCAAAUUCGAUAGUUUCAAUGAUUUCAAAUUUAUACAAUAUUUCCCAUAAGAAAAUUCCAUUGGUAAUUCAUGUUUCCGCCUAUGGUUUUAAUGAGAAUUUCGAAAAAUUUUCUAAUUAUAAUGACGCAUUUUUGGCACGAGAUACCGGAUUGGGAAUUAUUAACUCUUAUUCAAUUCAGGAAAUUCAUGACAUCGCAUUAAUAACUCAUUUAGUCUCGAUAUCCACAUCAUCCUCAUAUUUACAUAUAUUUGAUGGUGUGAAAACAGCUCAGGAAUCUUCCAAAGUUAAUCUCUUGUCAUAUUCCGAGAUUCAUAAAAUAAAUAAAGAGGUUAUUGCAGAGGGUUAUCCUUUAACCACCAGUAAUUCCGUGGAUAUAUUUGAAAAAAUUGCAAUUAGAAUUGGUAAAAUUCUUAAACACGUAUACAAAGCAUUUGAAUAUAUUGGAUCACCAACUGCUGAAACGUUAUUAAUCGUUUAUGGUGGAGAAACAGCCGUUGUUAAAGAAACUGUGGAUCGUAUUAGUAAGAAUGGUAGCAAGAUUGGUGCUAUUAUUGUUAGAGUCUAUAGACCAUGGUCCGAAAAACAUUUUUUGGCAGCUUUACCAAAGACAACGAAACGGAUUGCAGUUUUGGAGCAGGUCUCUUCAAACAUGGGUGGAUCAUACAAUUUGGGUUCUACAUUAUUUAAUGAUGUUUCUAUUUCAUUAUAUGGUGGAUGGACUGGUUCUCGCCCCCAAUUAAUAGAUGUGAAAUAUUCCCCAUCUCAAAAAUUCAAUUUCCGUGUUGUUAAUUCAAUUAUUAAACAAUUGCAAGAAGGGAAAAAAAGGAUUAAUUUUGACGAAAAUUUACCAGUUGACAAAAAUUCUCCCACAUUAACUAAUGUAAAUCAAUAUUUAUUUUGGGAUACCGAAUCUCGGAAAACCUUUUCCUCCAGUCAACAUAUUGCUCAAAUACUUGCUAAUAAUUUAAAAUCGAAUGUUUCAAGUUUACCUACAUUCGAUAUUUAUAAUAAUGGUGGUGUGGUGACUACUAAAUUACAGUUAGGUAGUGGUGUUCAUGAUGUUGAGUCGGGAGUCGAUUUUAUUUCUAUUAAUGAUGCUAGUUUAACUAGUAAAUAUAAUACUUUGACUUACGCCAAAGAUGGUGCAAUCGUUCUCUUAAAUACCAAUUGGACAGUGGAUGAAUUAGAAACAAAGUUGCCUAAUGAUUUUAGAUAUGAAGCCGCAAAUCGUAAUAUACGGUUAUACAUAAUCGAUGUCGAUAAGAUUGUUAAUGAUUUGAAUUUAGAUAUUGGAGAUGUUGGAACCAAUGUUGUUUUACAAGCUGCAUUUUUUAAAAUUAUUGAUAGUGAAAUUAAAUUUUAUUAUAAUGUAUCCGACACCAUUUCUAGUUUUUACGAGAGUAAUAAUGAAAAAGAAGUUGGAUUAUUAUUUGGUUCUAUAGUUCAAGAGACUGAAAAAGCAAUAAUUCAUGUUGAAAUUCCUCCUACCUGGUUGAUAUUAGAAAAGUCGGAACAAAUAUUACUUCCUAAUAUUAUUGAUAAUUCCUUUUGUCCAAAUCUUGACCAACAAUUAACUGAAAUUCCCAAACUUACUUCUUGGCACACAACCGCACGAAAUUUUCUUUUCAAAGAAGCUUAUAAAACUAAUCAAACAGUUCGUCCAGAUGUAUCGGAAAAAACUUUUACUAUUCAUGUUUCCGAGAAUCGACGCUUAACCCCAGAAUCAUAUGAUCGAUAUUUAUUCCAUAUCGAAUUUGAUACUUCGGGAACAGACUUAAAAUAUGAUUUGGGAGAAGCACUUGGUGUAUAUGGUCAUAAUGAUACAGAAGAGGUUAAUAGAUUUUUAGAGUAUUAUGAAUUGAAUCCUGAUGAUAUUAUUUCAAUACUUAACAAAGAAGGAGAUAAAUAUGAAUCAAGAACCAUAUUCCAAGUAUUUUCUCAAGUUCUUGAUGUAUUUGGUCGACCACCCAAACGUUUUUACGAAACCUUAGCACAAUUCGCAACGGAUGAAAAAGAGAAAAAUAAAUUAUUAUUUAUAGCUGGUAAAGAAGGUACCGAAGAAUUUAAGAAUCGAGUUUCUGAAACCUCUACGUAUGCGGAUAUUUUAUAUGAAUUUACAUCAGCUCGACCACCUGUGGAAGAUCUUGUACAAAUGAUCACACCUAUUAAACCACGUCAUUAUUCAAUUGCAUCAGCACAAAGUGUACAUCCUAAUAGUGUACAUUUAUUAGUAGUUACAGUUGAAUGGAGUAUCAGUUCAGGUUCUAAACGAUAUGGACAUUGUACACGUUAUUUAUCAAGACUUAAAAUAGGAACAAGUGUUACGGUUUCCAUAAAACCAUCAGUUAUGAAACUUCCACCUAGAGAUUCACAACCAGUUAUAAUGGCAGGUCUUGGUACAGGAAUGGCACCAUUCCGAGCAUUUAUUGAAGAACGAGCUUAUCGAAAAUCGCAAGGGAAAGAAGUGGGACCAAUGAUUCUUUACUUUGGAUCUCGUAAUAGAUCAAUGGAAUAUCUUUAUGGAGAAGAACUUGAAGCAUAUCACACAGAAGGAUUAUUAACAUAUCUUCGAUUGGCAUUUUCUCGAGAUCAACCACAAAAAGUAUACAUUCAACAUAAGAUGAAUGAAGAUUCCGCAUUAAUACAACAAUACUUAAUGCAAGAUGAGGGAUGGUUUUAUUUAUGUGGACCUACAUGGCCAGUACCAGAUGUUAAAGAUGCUAUUGUAAAAAGUUUCAUGUCAACAGGAGAAUUGACAGCGGGUGAAGCAAAUGAUUGGGUUAAUAAAUUAAAAGAUAUGGAACGAUAUAUUUUAGAAGUUUAUUAA